AUGGAAGACGAUGAUUUUGACGAGAAUUCCACAAUAGGCCAACUAAUUACCAAUGUCAAUAAGAUAUGUAAAAAGCCGCAAGUGGACGGGCAACUCAGUAACGUUCUGGAGACGUUUCAGAAUAAAAUAAGCCGCCAAACGCUGUACCUGAACAACGGUUUAUUCAAUAUUAAUUUCGCCGAAGCGGCUCUUUUCAUUCAAAGCUGUUCCGUUUUAUACGGAAAAAAGAUUGACCUGCUUUGGGAUGGAGUGCUCGAAUUUCUCACCACGCUUAUCUCAUCCGAAUGCAAGGACCAAAAAGAAAAGGGCAAAAAUAUCAAUACGGAAGCCAUCAAAAUGCUGGAAGAAAGAAGAAACAGGUACAAGAGGAAGAAGUCGUUCAAAUUGAAUUUGUCCGAGAACACGAGCAAUGUGGAUUAUUUUUUAUUUGAUGAUGAUGCUAAUGAAGAUGAAGAACCGGUUAGUUUCGAGCCUGACGAGGAAUUGUCCAAGGCUUGGCGGGUAAUCGAAUGGCAGAGCAACGAGAUAACGAAAAUUCCGAGAUCCGUUGCUAAGCUACAACGGCAAACCUAUCGAAUGAAAAAUUACUACAUAAUGAAGGAUCAAGAUUGGGAUAUUUGCGAUUCCGAUGACGGGGAAGUGAAUACCAGGUAUAGCAAAAUACCGGGCUGGCAUGUUAUUUACCAUCUUUUCGAAUACAACACAUUGGGCCUGCUACCCGAUAAGUACAACACGAUAGCCACGCUUCGGCUUUGUUGUUAUCUCAGGGCGGAAUUCAUGCGAGAUCGUAAGAUUCCUUUCAACGCCCCUUACAGCCAGUACAAGGAAGAAUACCUUGCUUUUAAAAAGAAAUUUUUCGAAGAAGAGUCGAAAAAGUGGCAAAACAUGCCUUUAGAUACCAUGGCGGACCUUCGAAGGCAGCUGGAUUUUCUCGCGCAAAAGGAUAAAGAGGAAGACGAGAAGGAAAAGUCUCUCGAAAAGAAGUGGAAUGUGCCGGAAUUUUUGCACAAAAAUUGCUGUACUUACGAAGGCUGCAGCGAUUGCUCAAGCAGCAAAUCUUCAAUCAUUACCAUUUCUGAUUCGUCAGACGGGGAUUUCAGUGCCCAAAAAGAAGACAUAACCAAGUGCGAACCGACGGUUUGUUUAGAAAAAUUAUCGCCCGAUAUUGUUAAUUCCAAAUUGCUGAGGGACUCUGGAUAUUUCGACUUCGAUGAAGAUAAAUCAGAUGAAAUGGAGGAAACUCACAAUUUGGAAACAACAAAUUCUGAAGCUUCCGAACAGGCAGAUAAAUCGGUUGAUGUAUCUGAAAGUUCAGAGAAAUCGAAUGAAACUGAAACAACUUCGGAAGUUGAUAAAGAGAACGAAAAUGCUGAUAAGGAUGUUGAGAUGAGUGAUCAACAACAAGCCGAUAAAUCAGUUGAUGAAAAUGGUGAAAAAUUAAAUGAAUCUGUAGAAAAUGCUGAUGAACAUUCCAAAGAAAAUGAAAAUCCUAAUACAGAUGGUCCAAAUGUUUGCAACGUCUCUCAAGAUAAGCAAGUGCUAAAAGAAAAUUCAAUAAACAAAUCGAAAUCGAAUAAAUCGGACGACAUAUUGGCACCAAUGAGUACAAAAUCGAGAAUAAUUGUAAAACCAACACCAUUGAAAAGGACUAAACAAACGAAAACUGAGAAUUCCAAUAUGGAGCCACCAAGUGAACUUCCGAAGCGUAGGAAACUAUCCCAAAGAGUCAUGGAAAAACUACUAAAAAGCAAAAUAAAGCCAGUGAACGAAAUAAAAUUCGAAAAGUUCUUCUCGCUUAACUACCAACCCCAAUUAGGAGAGGGCGAAAUUCUACCAGUGGAUUACGAAUCGGAAGAAGAUGAAGUUUCACCAGAAAGCAUUUUAGCUCCCGAUGACGAUCUCAGAUCCAUCGUAUCAGAUCACAAUUACACCCAGCUAUCAGAAGACCACGCGAAUGUGAACGAUUCAGGAUUUAUCGAUGAAAGAGAGGAGAAUUUAGAAGAUAACAUUGAAGCAGAUAUAGCUGAUGAGGAUAACGACGAAGACGAUUGGUUAUCAUCGAGUAGACUUCUAGAAGAAAGAAGUGAAACUGAUCCAUCAUAUCAAGCAGAGUACGAAAGGCUAUUAACGCAAUUACGAGAAUCGCGCAAGCAAUUAGGAGAAGAACUACAAACGAAUCCUGGAAGUUGGAUAGCAGAGAAGCUGGAAAGGGAACGUGAACGAUUAGCUGCUAAAGCUCGAAUAGAGCAGUGGAAGAGCUCCAUAACGCCCGUUCUAAAUAAUCUGAAAGAAAACGACUUUGAUAUUCACGAAUACGGCACAAAAAUUAUGGACGGUUUGGAAGUCGAAGAAUGCAAACCGUUCAAAAAUAUCGUUGAAAAUAGGUCGCCUGCACAGGUUGCUCGGGGAAUUUCAACAGAUGCGAACACUAAGUAUAUUUGCAGGUAUUUCAUAGCGUCCUUGCAAUUAGCGAGUACCUACAAUAUUGAAUUAUGCGGUGCGAAACAAGGUGAAUUGUCCAAUAACACGUUAAGCGUGAAACUGUUGAAAAAAGACAGAUAUCACGAGCAUCUGGCCGAGUACAAUGCGCCUUCCGAAGAGGACUUUAGAGAGAAAUUGAACAGGAUCAGAGUACUGCAAAGCAGAGAGAUCGAAGACUCGCAGAAGAAUAGAAAAAGACGAUCACAAGAACCGUGUACGCCCAGCAGUUCGAAGAAGAGGCCGAAAAACGCCAAGAAUAGCGCAGUUAAUCCCGCUAAAGGGAAAAAUAUCCUGUCGAAUUAUUCACAGGUUGAAUAUAAUGCGGAUAUUAAUGCCCCUUCGACGUCUCGAUCUAUGAACGAGGUCUUAGAACCUUUGGAUGAACGACAGUUUCACAGUGAAUUGAAGCGCGGAAAUUAUUCUACGCCACAAUGUAGGAAGUACAAUAGGACUUUAGGGGACUCGUCCUAA